CCCCGACAUGAUGAAAGAGUAUCCUGACGACUGUGGUUGAGCAACCAAUGACUUGACUCCGGCCAGCGGAUAUCCGUCUAUCGAUCUGAGACUGGAUCUGGAAACUCGGCUGGCAACUCUUAGCGAUUGGGACGAAUAACCAGCCUCUUCUAUUUCGCAUACAACAGUACAUGCUGCCUGACGAUAUGGUCCUGGUGCUUUCCACGUUCCUGUCGUGUGCUUUGUCUUAGUCCUGGCUUUCGAUUGCUUUUCGUCGCUCUCUUGCACGCUCUAACCGAUCUCGCUUGGAUAUACACCUAAUAAUGACUACCUUUGCAUUCGACAAUGUACCUCGUCUGUUGUGGCGAGAAUUCAAGAAGAAUAGAAAGCUUCGAAAGUGGGAGUCUCUUCCUCUGCUUAAGCUCCUUCCUCAAGGCAGGCCCUUGUUCGUCUGUCAGAAUUGCCACUUCGCCAACCUGUUUGGGAUCCUCUGCCUUUGGUGUUCCCAUACUUGCGAUAGACAGCCUUCCCUCCUUCCGGAAGUUCGCAGACGAGCCAGUGCACCUGAGCUUCUCAGCGAGGCUCAGAAAGAACAGCUGCACAGAAUGGACUUGCCCUCGCUGACUUUCGCGAGUGGCUCUCGCGGCCAAAUUGUACCGGGUAUCUAUACGGAGGAAGCGCCUGAGGGCCGACGGAGAAGGCAUCGCGGUGCUGCUGUCAUCUCUGUCGAAGUUCACCCCUCAGACGAACCAAAUCCUACAGUCGACUUAUACGUUCGAGCUUUAGCGGAAUCGAAUCUAUCCUUGCUACAAGGACCACGUCUUGUACCCUCUAUUGCCAUGGUUCACUAUAGUGGUCACCCAGAUAACCAUACGCUGGGCUCUACAGACCCUACUUCUAACAGUCUUAGACCUUCUCGCACGCUUCGUCGAAAACAAAGACUAUCUGUCCUACGGCAGCGUUCUUCUUGCUCUUUGCGACGUAAAGCCAUGCUCAGCUCCUCAUUUCAUAAACGAUCGCGUAGCGACCUUACCAGUUCUCCCUCGCUACCGCAUAGACCCUCGCAUAUACGCCUUCCAAAGCAGGUCGCUCUCCCGCGACCUGUCGCACCGACAUGCGAUGUGCCUCUAGGCCACCCCAACCGUCCUCUGUACACUGCUAUACGGAAGAACAUGUCUCGUCCCACUUCCCCUACUCCUUCAUUCACCCCUACUCCUCUACCGUCUCCUCCAAUUGCUGAUGUUCAGGAACGUGGUACUCGUUCCCUCGACCUUCCUUCUUCCAGAAGUAGAAUAAACAGCCUUCUAUCGUCGGAUGGUCCUCAGCCUGUGCGCAUGCCAUUCAAUCCCGCUCCCUCUGGCGGGUUCUCGCUGAGCGGAGAGAUGGAGAUGCGGAGUCAAACAGAUGUCGGACUAGUGUCAAGGUAUCGGUUUCGUCAGACACGCACUGAUAGUCGGAAGCCGGGAGAUAGUGGAAGUCUAAAGUUGAAGGUGAAGAAGAUUCAGAAGAACUUGAAGGAUCUUAUGACGUUACGCAUCUAGACUUGCUUGCCUUCCCAUUGAGUUGUCGCAGCAUGAUAUCCUUGUUAUGAUCUCAUGCAUCUUAUACUCCAACGUUUUCUUGUAACACACCAUGUCAUGAGCAUGAACCUGCGCUCGGCGUAUGCUAUUUGCUUUAGAGAAAUAAUGGACUAGAAAUACA